AUGUUUGACCUGGGAGAUGCAGUUGACCUAGACCAUAAUUUCCCUAAGCUCGCGUCCCUGUCCGAGUCUUCCCAGGAUCUCCUCGUCGGACACUCGGGCGGCAAAAGGGGCGCGCAACAGCAGAAACACAUUUCUGCGGCCUCUGUAUUGCGCCGGCUUUCAGUUGUCAGUGUCCAGGACUCGCAACCAGAUGUGAGAGUUGAUCAUACAAAGGUUUUAACAAGGAAGUUCCCGAGUUUGGAGAAUGCAUCUUUUUCUAGUCUGCAACGAGCGUCUGAGAAGUCUUCACAGGGGACCAAGAUGCCGCCCUCGGAGAACACGGCCGCUCUCCCCUCCGCGCCACCAGCCGCUCCCCCCCUGCAGAAGGCGCGGCAGGGGGACGAGGAGGAAAAAGGUGAGGACCGCGAUGUUGUUUUAGGGAAGGAGGAUGAGAUGGAGGGUUUCCCAGUUUUUGCCAUCAAAGAAAUUUUUAUGACUUCUAUAACCACCUCUUCCCACAGAAGGGAGCUGCUACGGAACGGCUUUUGGGCGGCGGUCAUCUCCAUCGGCAGCCAUUUUUACGGCGACAUGACGGUGGCCAGAGCUCUCCCCAAGGACCCGCGGCAGAACACAUGGCUGCUCAUGUACUCUCCCUUGCCGACCCUCGCCCUCUGCCUCGCCUACGUCGCCUCCGUCACCUACGUGGGGCCCAAACUCAUGGCCGGCCGAAAGCCUUUCUCGAAUCUCCGGUCUGUCAUGAUGGCUUACAACGCCUUCCAGGUCGUCUUCUCGGCGUACAUUUUCUAUGAGGCCGGAAUGGGCGGCUGGUUCGGCUCCUACUCGUUUAUCUGCCAGACCUGCGACUUUUCAGAAAACCCACAGGCUGUCAGGGCCAUGCAUGCCGGUUAUUGGUACCUGUUCUCGAAGUUCAUCGAUUUCGUUGACACGAUCUUCUUCGUCCUGCACAAGAAAUACGAACACAUCUCCCUUCUCCACGUGUGCCACCAUUCCCUUAUGCCCAUCAGCCUGUGGUAUGGCAUUAGAUUCCAGCCUGGCGGGCAUGCAACUCUCGGAGGGUUCCUGAAUUCUUUCGUCCACGUCGUCAUGUACGGCUACUACCUCCUGGCCGCCAUGGGACCCAAAGUCAGGCCCUACUUGUGGUGGAAGAAGUACCUGACGACGAUGCAGAUGGUGCAGUUCACCGUCGUCUUUCUGCACAGUUUAGUUUUGGCUUUCAUCGAGUGCGAGGUUCCGUCCGUGCUGGUGAGCUGGGCUGCGGGCGUGGCUGCCUUGUUCUUCGUCCUUUUCGGAGACUUCUACAUCAAGGCCUACAGGAAGAAGGACAAGAAAGCGGUUAAAAGCGAUGCCUCUAUUUCGCUCAAAAACGGCCACGCAAAUGGAGUGUCCAACGGCGUGCCUAGCGGUGCUGUGGCCAAGGAGAACAACGGCGUGCCUAGCGGUGCUUUGACCAAGGACAACAACGGCGUGCCAAAAGUACCUGUCGACGGAACGACAGUCUCGGUCAUGGCAUACGAAGGCAUGACAGUGUGCACCAUUAUUUUGUCUCCAUCGACUGAUAUAAACCACAGUGAAGACACAUUUGGGCACAUCGUGCACACAGCUGAGAAUAUCUCGGACCUUAUGUCCAACGGCGUGCCUAGCGGUGUGCACCAUUAUUUUGUCUCCAUCGACUGA